AAAUCAAACAUCCCACAAUAUUUCUUAGCAGGCCUUUGGAGCUAUUGCAAAUCUGAAAAUAUCCCUGAGACCACCUGUUCGAAUCCUAGCUUGAAAUUUGAUUUUAAUCUUUCUUCCGCACUUGGGUCCGCUUUGAAUAAAAUCAAUGAGGUGCCCCGAACGAUAGAUGAGGCUACAAUGUCGGGAUAUCGCCAAAUCUCCCACGCCAUUAUCUACUUAUACAUCUCUGGUCUCGUUGAAAUUACAUUGGUGGUGGCUCUUGGGAUUCAGAAAGCGUUAUUUGACAGAGGGGAUAGACUUUUGUCUAUACUUAGCCCGCUCUCAGCAGUUUUGAUCACAGCCGCUACGGUUGGAGUGACAGUGAUGUACGGAGUCUUUAUUACUGAAGUAAAAGGCAAAUUACGGGAAAUAGGUGCCAAGGCCGUUCUGGGCUCACGACUGUUUGGGGCUGCA